AUGGCCGACGAAGAAAACAAAGCAGAAAGCACCGAAGAGUCCGGAUCCAGCAAGGGUGGGGGGAUGAAACUCCUCAUCAUCAUCGCAGUGAUCAUGAUCGUCGAAGGAGCGGCGGUGUUCUUCCUCGUUUCAUCUAUGGGUGGACCAAAGGGCGCGGAUGCAACGGAGCUCGCGGAACUCGAAGGCACCGGAGAAGAUGCGCCUGUCGAGAUCCCGCUUGUUGAGGACCGAUUCCAGAACAUGUCCACCGGGCAUGUCUGGGAAUGGCGCGUCCAGAUCGUCCUGCGUGCUCGUCAGAAGAAUCAGGCACACAUCGAGACCAUCAAAGAACGCGAUACCGCUCUGCUGACCGAGGGGAUCGCACUGAUCUUCCGUCGAGCACAGGAUCGCCAUCUCCGCGAGCCUGGACUGGAGACGAUCACGCGACAGCUGACGACAUACAUCAACGAGGUCUUCGGGUUAGACGCUGACGGCAUGCCACGCGUUGAUCGCGUCAUCAUCCCUGAGUGCAAGGGUAAGCAAUAUCUGCGCAUUGGCGCAAAGACUGGACCCGAUCGGCAAGAUAGGCCGAUAAGUUUGUAUGCGCCGGGAGUCGGCGUGCGCGUUGUGUCGAUGGCGGAGUCCAAGGAAUCCACGAUGUCCGAAGAAGCAGAGAAUCUAGAGCCCCAGAACGAUGCAGAUGAUGCUCAAGAACCCAAUGCUGAGGAAGCAUUGGAUGACGCAUCUGCAAUUGCAGACGAUGUCGCGGCACAAGCCGACGAAGGCGCCGAUAUGAGCGACGAUGAAGCCGCAGCUCUCGCGGCUGCAAUGUCAGCGAUCAGCGAUGUCAGCAGCGCCGCUGGAGGAGACUCCGCCGGGAGUGGCAGUCCCUUCGAAUCUCCAGUUCUUGAAGACUCGGGUAACUCAGGUCCCAAGAGCGAUCUCGAUCUGCUCUCCGAUGUCCAUAUGAAUGUCCGCAUCGAACUGGGUCGUACACGAAUGUUCGUCGAAGAUGUGCUGCGUUUAGGAGAUGGCGCUGUCGUGGAGCUGGACAAACUUGCGGGAGAUCCAGUCGAUGUCUUCGUCAACGAUCGCAAAGUCGCUCGAGGCGAGGUGCUCGUCCUGAACGACAACUUCUGUGUGCGAUCCGCUCUUGUGAAAGGCCAGGAUGGCGACAUGAUCGGGACUCUCAAGGUGCGAAUGUGCACCACAAUCAUCACACUCUGCAUCUCUGCACAUGCGUUUGCACAGCAUGGCCCAUUGGUCGAGUAUGCACCUGAGCCGAUCAUUGAUCUGAUCGAGCAGAUGCCAUCGCAAUCAAACAAACAGUCAACUGCUGAGAUCGCAGCGCAAACCGAGACUCAGAUUAACCCGGAAUCAUCAUCGGCGAAACCGCUCGGACUCCCUCGUCCGCAAGAGAGCAUGCCGAUUGGUGGGGAUGAUGUCACGACACCCGCCGUGCUCGGAAAGGAGUUUCUCCGCACGAUUGCCGCGCUCGCAGGGGUGCUCUUGCUGAUCUUCGCGCUCGCGCAGCUCUACAAAAGAAUCGCACGCACCAAAGGCGGACUCAGCGGUCAGAUGGGCGCCGGAGGUCGAGCACCGGCAGGGCUCGUCGAGGUCCUCGCGCGCUAUCCCAUCUCCAGCGGCAUGACGAUCGUCGUGCUCCGCUUCGAUCGCAAGGUGCUCCUGCUCUCACACGCGAGCUCUCGUCGAGGAAAGCGUGGUGGGGGUGUUGGGGAGAUGCACACACUCUGCGAGAUCAACACUCCCGAAGAGGUCGCAUCCAUUUUGGGGAAAGUCCGCGAUGCGGAAGGCGAUUCAAUCUCCGCAUCGUUCGAGCGGACGCUCCAAGAAGCCGGGAACGCGACGGAUCAAGAAAUCCAGCAAGCGAUGUAUCAGCCUUCGCCGGGCAUGCAUGUGCAGCGUCCUCGCCGGAUCGCUCCAGGAUUUGUGAGCAACGACGAGGGGGGCGUUGAACUCGUGGGUCGUCUCCGUUCCAUCCUGAUCGCUUUGUGCUUCGGGCUAUUGGCAAACACCUUGUUCGCUCAGCUUGGUCCCGCUCCGAGCGAAUCCUCCAGCGACGCGUUCAAUCCGCUGAUGGUCCUCGAAGAUGCGGGGACCGCGAUCAACGCCGCGAGCGGGAUCGGCUCGCGGGUGCAGGGUACUAUCGCUCCGAGCAGUGGCGCAGAGCAGUCCGGAUUGUCCGUGACACUCAACAUCAUGCUGCUGCUGACGGUGAUCGCUCUGGUCCCGUCCAUUAUGCUGAUGACGACCAGCUUCAUCCGCAUCAUGGUGGUCCUCGCGCUGCUGCGUCAAGCGAUGGGCACACAGUCGCUCCCGCCGGGUCAGGUCAUCACCGGACUCGCACUCUUUAUGACCGCGCUCGUGAUGAAACCGACCAUCGAUCGAGUCUGGAGCGAAGCCGUCGUCCCGUAUCAGAACGGCGAGAUCCGCAACAUGGAUGUCCUCUGGGAACGCGCCUCGACCCCGAUGCGUGACUUCAUGUUCGAUCAGAUCGAAGCGACCGACAACUGGUCAUCGCUCUACAUGAUCCUCAACUACCAAGGCGUGGACACUUCCGAACCCGAAUCCAUGACACGAGCAGACAUCUCGACAACGACCCUCAUCCCGGCGUACAUGCUCAGCGAGCUCAAGGUCUCGUUCUUGAUGGGGUUCCGUGUGUACCUGCCGUUCCUUGUGAUCGACAUGGUCAUCGCGUCGCUGCUGAUCUCGAUGAGCAUGAUGAUGCUCCCUCCGGUUCUAAUUUCGCUGCCGUUCAAGCUGAUGCUGUUUGUGCUCGUCGAUGGAUGGACCUUAGUCGUCGGCUCACUUCUCGAGAGCUUCGUGCAAGAAGGCACGAGCGGUAGACUCAGCGCGACCGCUGCUGCAACUAUCCCAAUCUUCAUGCUCGCGCGCAUCGUGAAGCAGAGCAAUGCGAUGAUUGACGAAGCCGCGCUGCAGAUGAUCCGUGACGCGUUAUAUAUCGUGCUGUUGAUCGCAACCCCGCUGCUCUUGAUCGGGAUGAUCCUGGGUUUGGUGAUCUCGCUGAUCCAGUCCGUCACCUCCAUCCAGGAUCAAACGCUGACCUUUGUUCCCAAGAUCAUCGCGCUCGUUGUCGCGGCGGUGUUGUUAUUGCCUUGGAUCAUCACUGUGCUCAGUGAGUUCACAACAGAGAUGAUGAAGCUGUUCUGA